CCCUUUGCGCCCAGGCAUUUUUUUUUUUUUUUUUUGCAGCAAUUGCUUCUGAGACUGGCCGGGCAGCCGGAGGGGGAAAAGGAAGGGAAUUGCACCGCGUGGCUCGGUCACCUCCAGCCUGCAACCGGGCGACCGCCUCUUUUGCAAAACUCCGGGUCGCUGGCAUGGUUUUCCUUACUUCCGCGCUUUGGCUCCGGAGCCGGGUGACCGACCGAUUUUGGCGCAAGCAGCUGAUCCUCAAACAUGCCCUGCAUUUUCGUGGACGGAAGAACCGCUGCUAUAGCUUGGCCUACCGAGCUGUUCGGAGGGCCUUUGUGUACGCCACCAAGGCCAGAUAUCUGAAAAAGAGAGAUAUGAGGACGCUUUGGGAAACCAGGAUCGAAGCGGCUUCGCUGGAGCACGGUGUGAAGUACCAUAAUUUCAUGAGCGGCCUUUAUAAGUGUCAAGUAGAACUGAACCGGAAAUCAUUAGCUGAUCUAGCCAUCUAUGAACCAAAGACAUUCAAAUCUUUAGCUGCUUUAGCCAAGAGAAGAGGGGAAGAAGGACUCCUUGCAGCCCAAGGAGAAGGAAAGGAACCCGAAGGAAUAUUUUCCCGCCUAGUGAAACAUCUGUGAAGGGGACGUGCUCCCAAUGAGCUCUGCUCAAAUGAAAAAAGAGACAUUUUAAAAAUAAAAAUGUUGAUUUUU